AUGGCGAUGAUGGCUGGCCGUGUGCUGCUGGUGUGUGCCCUCUGCGUGCUGUGGUGCGGUGCUGUUUUUGGACACGCGAUGGAGGAUUACGGCAGUGAGGGCGGAGGGAACGGUUUGAGGCACACGAGUAAUGGUGGCGAUGACGGCGUGUCUCUAAAGGCGGACUGCGUGUUGUUAUCCACUCGAAUGGCAUUAAUAAAGGCGGUUGAAGCUGAGGAAGCUGGAGAUGAACCGAGUCGUCCAGACCAUCUUCAGGAUACCGGGGAAUCAUCACCUAAUAAUACGGAGGGCAGUGCAGCGGCUGGUCCGGGAGGUCAGCCAGCAGGACUACUGCCGAAGCCCGAAGGAUCAGAUACAGAAGGACAGCAAGGAGAACCAGAAGGGUUGGAUCUAAAUGGUGGAAAAGAAACAGAAGAUAGGAACGUUCCCAAGGACGUUAAGGCAACUGGGUCCCAACACCAAAGCGUUGAAUCUUCUUCUUCUCCAUCAUCAUCUUCUGGCAGCCCUGGCACUAAGAGUGGUAACGAUGGUAACUUGGAGAAUACUUCCGAGAGUGAUGAAUCCUCCGAUGAGACACCGACGGAAGAAAAAAGAGAUCAUCGCAGUAAAUCUGACAGUCCUGAUGUGGAGGCCGAAGAAGAACCAAAAAAAACAGGAGACAAAAAAAAUGCAAGUAAUGAGGCACCUACAGAGACACGUGGAAGUCCAGCCAACAACACGGAAAUACAAACAGCAACACCACCGCCACCACCAGCACCAAUGAAUGGACAUUCCAGCUUUGAGGAUUUACCACCCAUGCAACCGCUACAACGCGUCCAAGACGACAAUGCAGAAUCCAGGCCACCAUCACCCAUGGCAAACGGUGAUGCUGCCAAUAAUGAAGCUGACAAUAGCACUGAAGAGGGCAUCCCGAGAAAUCAUCCAGCAGCUGAUGGUGCAGGGACAAGAAGAGAAAAACAAAAUGAAAAUAAAGAAGCCAAUCCGAAAGAAACAACAGUAACCGCCAACACAACUGAUACGACGAACACACAAAACAGUGACGGCAGCACCGCGGCCUCCCACACCACCUCCCCUCUUUUGCUUCUUCUUCUUGUUGUUGCGUGUGCGGCUGCUGCUGCGGUGGUGGCCGCGUGA